AUGAUCGCUGGAGAUGACACUCUCAACGACUCUGAGGAUAUUGCUUCCUUGAAGGAUACGGACGGUAUGACGGCAGUCGAUUUGCAGCUGGACGACGAUCUUCCCCAGUCCAGUGUGCCGGCCAAGCUUUCGUUUACUGAUGAUCCAGACAUAAAGCCGUGCGCGCCUCUAUCAUAUUAUUCGGAAUCUCAGAUUGAAAUUGUCAUCAAACAGUUCGAGAAGAAAGGAGAAGGGAUGGGCGCUUACAUUGUCUAUAAAGUUGUGACAACAACGCAGAACAUGCAAGGCUACGGAGAUCGGGAAUACGUUGUCUGGAGGCGAUUCAGUGAUUUUCUUGGCCUUCAUGAAAAAUUAGUUGACAAAUACUUCUACAAAGGUUAUUUAGUACCGGCAGCACCUGAGAAAAGUAUCGCUGCUCUUACACGAACAAAAAUGAAUGCAUCUAUAGACGAUAACACUAACAAUGAAUUUGCUGAACGUAGAGCUAGAAGUCUUCAGAGAUUCUGCAGGCGCAUAGCACGCCACCCAAAAUUGGUAUUCGAUUGUGAUUUCCGCGAUUUUUUAACAGUGACUGCUUCAUUACCUAAGGCUAAUUCAACUGUGGCCCUAAGUGGUGCUGGAGUUAAGCGGAUGUUCAAAACCGUUGGUGACGUUUUUUCAAAAAUGGCCUUUCAUAUGGACGAAAAUGACCGUUGGUUUGAAGCUGCACAACAGCAAAUGGAAGAUAUGGAACAGAACUUGAGCAAGCUGCUUCGAGCAGUUGACUUGUUGAGUUCAUACCGACGUGAACUAAUUUCUGGAACAGAUUCAUUUUCGAAAGCGCUUUCAAUGCUUUCUUCAUGCGAAGAAAAUACAAGUCUUGCACGGUGUUUAUCGCAUUUGACCGAAACAUACGAGAAUAUUGAUCAGUUGCAUGGCAUGCAGUCAGAUAAAGAUGGUGCACUGCUCGCUGAAGGAAUCAGUGAACAACUACAAGUCAUCUAUACGUUAAAAGAACUUUUUUUUGAGCGUGUUAAAAUUUGGCAGAAUUGGCAAGGUGCGCAACAAAAUCUUACAAGAAAACGGGAAAUGAAGGCUCGUCAUGAACUUUCUGGCCGAACCGAUAAGACCAAUCAAACCGUAGAAGAGCUCAGUAGCGCGGAGAAAGCAGUGGAUGAAGUGGAGAAAGAAUUUUCUGAAGUAAGCAAAAUUAUUCGCACAGAAUAUGAAACGUUUUUGGUGGAGCGCAAAAAUGACAUAAACGCUAUGCUUACGCAAUACCUUCAAGAACUCCUUGAAACGCAAAAACAGCUUCUCAGAUGCUGGGAAACAUUUGCCCCAGAGACACAGUCUAUCGAAACGACCUAA